GCAGAGGAAGCAUGAGGACAGGACAGUAGAAAAACAACGGAAGUAAACAUGGCCCAGAAGGAGAGCAUGGCGGUCCCAGAGUUCCUCAGUAAAGCGGAGUUAGUGAAACAAGGAGCAGAAGCCCGGGUGUACCGGGCAGAGUUUCUAGGAAAGCCGACUAUUGUGAAAGAAAGGUUCCCGAAACGCUACAGACACGCAGUGCUGGACGAAAAACUGACCCACCGCAGGACUGUGCAGGAGGUCCGUUCCAUACUGCGCUGCCGGAGAGCCGGCAUAUCUGCCCCUGUAGUCUAUUUUGUAGACUACACAUCCCACUGUAUUUUUUUGGAGGAGAUCGUGGGUUCCUCGACUGUACGUGACCACAUUGCAUCUAAUCAGCGGUCUGAUUCCUGUAAGAAGCCGGAGCUGGAGCGACUGGCUGACAGAGUGGGCCAGAUCCUGGCCAAAAUGCACGACGAGGACGUCAUCCAUGGAGACCUGACCACCUCCAACAUGCUGCUGAGAUGCGGCCUGGAGGAUGGGGAGUUUGACCUGUUCCUCAUCGACUUCGGCCUGAGUUACAUCUCUGCUCUGCCGGAGGAUAAGGGGGUGGACCUAUACGUGCUGGAGAAGGCUUUCCUCAGUACCCACCCCAACACUGAGGCACUGUUUGAGAGGCUGCUGAAGAGCUAUGCAGCGGCAUCAAGCAAGUCGUCAGCAGUCAUUAAAAAGCUUGAUGAGGUUCGCUUGAGAGGGAGGAAGAGGUCAAUGGUGGGAUGAUGGUCCAUGCUGUGUACAGGGACAAACCUCUCUGGAAAUUAUGUUUCUAAAAGUAUGUUCUAAUUACAAAGCUGUUAUUGUGCAAAAAAAGAAGUUACAUAAAAAAAAAAAAAAAAGUUUCUUCUUAUGGAAAGCCAGGAUAAUAAAAAGUGACUUUGUAAUGAUGUUAGCACAUUUUGGAACCGUUUGUCUCCACCUCUACAAAAAUGUUACAUACAAAGUCAGACUACAUUCUUAUUAGUAAGACACAUUAGCGUCCUCACAUCCAUUAUUGCUGAUAUUGUGGUAGCAUGUACCAAGAAUCUACAGAGACACAAGUGCCUGUUGCCCCGCUUUACUACAGAACAAGACAUGAAAGAUGUAUGUUGGUAUGUGCAGAUGUAUAUGUUUCUGUGUACUGGAUGUGAAAACAAAUAUCCCUCUGGAACAAUAAAUCUAAAAAUGAUUUUACAUGUCUACAUAUUGUUAAAACAAUGGUCAUAUGUAGUCUUGAUCUGUAGUCUAGUCUGUUAUAACCUCAGUUCUUUAUGCAUCUUGCAACCGGAAAAAACUACAAAUCAGUGCUUGCUGGGAUAUGUUCCUUUUUUAAGCCUCUCAUACUGCAUAAAUGACAUGCA